UAAUUCAAUGAAAUGACGAAUUCCAGGAUAGUGGGUGAAAAUUGGACAUGUUCUCGCGUGUUAGUGUAACCACACGUAUGUUGAUCCCGAGACAUGCACUCACGCGACACACUACUGGCCACUGUGGUUUCACCUCACGGCCAUCCCAGCAAUACACCCACGUACUUGUGUAUCCACCAAAACCACAAAGUAUAGUUGAAUCGAGUUGGCAGUGUAUACCAUCCAAAACUCUGCAACUGUGCCAGCUCAUGACUUUUGUCUCUAGCCUUAAAUCCAUUGACCCAAGUACCGAUCAAAGUAGUGCAAACGAAGUUGCCCUGAGUCAGCCGAUUCUCCAUUUGGUUCAUCUCGCUGAAUCUCUCGCAGCUAUAUGGAAAUUAGUUGAAUCAAACUGACUGGUCAUUUCAAAAUGAAAGCUUCAUCGAUCAUUUGCUAAUUACUCCGGUCAAUCAUGACCAGAAGUGUGCCUAAGUGAAUGAUUCAGCCAGGUGUGUCAUGUCACUGUUGAAUAUUGUGACGAAUAAUCAGACAAUUCGGUGGUGAAUAAAGAUGCGCAAACGAAAGAGAUAGUAGGAGUGUAGGGGUGUACGAUGGGUUUAGUGGAGUCAGAGAGGGAUGAAGGGAUAAUGAUGAAGCAUCCGAUGAGAUAAUUAAGGUGGAUUAUCGUGGUGGUGAGACGAGGGGGGG